CAUUAAACAGUGAUCUGAAUGGUUCCACGACAAGUGUUUAAACCUUACUCUGUUGUCAUAGGAAUCUGCCAUCAUCAUGGCUGUCUGAGCACGGUUACACAGGGCGUUCGUUCGACCAUGACGGACUUCCCACUAAACCGUACGCUCUUUCCUUGAACGGAAUUACUGAAGCGCCUGCUAUUGCGAAUCGUGGAAUUGUACCUCUGACUCAUAUGCUAAUAGACUACCCGUUCUUUCGACUCGGGUACGAUGAAAGUGAGGCGCAUAAGUCGCUACGAGGAGGUUCGACUGCAUCGCGUUCAAGAAAGAGGGGCUCGGCCUUGAUGGGUGCAAGGGUGGCGUCCCCAGCCGUUGGUAACAUGAACGCCCAGGGAUCGGACUGGCACGGCGCAGUGAACGUUCCGAAGUCGUGGUUCAGCGGUGACGUUUUGUCCGGUUCGCUAGGAACGGCACAAAGCCGAACAAAAAGAAUUUACGCAAAUCUUAAUCCUUGGAUCUAA